AUGCAUGGGUUAAGAUUGUCGCCAUCCGGUGCUCUACACCUGGGAGUUGCGCUAUUAGCGAUCGGCGCAAAUGCUACACCCGUAACGAAGCGCAGCAUCGAUAACUGGAAUGACAUCACGCCCUCUUCUGACCUGAAAUGGGCGUCAUGCUUCGACGAUUAUCUCUGCGCAAAGCUGCAGGUUCCUCUUGACUACGAAAACCCUGAUAUAGGCACCGCGUCUGUGGCAUUUAUCAAGCUCCCUGCCGAGCAAGACUCGGAUUCAGCGCAGAGCUUGGUCUUGAACAACGGUGGCCCCGGCGCAUCGGGAAUUAAUUUCGUGACCGCAUACCCCUCGGAACUUCGCCAGGCAUUCGGAUCCCAAUAUAACCUUGUUUCGUUCGACCCGCGCGGUGUCAAUAAUAGCGAUCUCGCCGUGGACUGUUUUCGUGGCGACUCCGCAGCCCGGAAGUAUUUCACCACUAGCUUCUACGACGAAGUUGUAGAUGCAUCGCCUGCUGCGCCAUCGAUACAUUUCUCCGCUAUUGAGUCCUACGGAAAAUGGUGCACCGACACCCUUAAACAAAACACAACCUCGAAAUAUAUAAGCACACCGGCCGUCGCGCAGGACUUGUUGACAUUUGCGAAAGCGGAAAACAAAGCGGCAGGAAAGUCGGAAUCGGACGCUAAACUAUGGUUUUAUGCAAUGAGCUACGGAACCGUCAUCGGAUCGACUUUUGCGUCGUUAUUCCCGGAAAACGUGGGUCGGUUGAUUCUGGAUGGUGUUAUGGACGGCGAGGACUAUUAUAAUGGCCAGUGGAAAUCGCAUUCCGAGGACUCGGAUAAAGCGAUUCUCACGUUCCCGAAAUUUUGCCAUCAAGCUGGAGCUGAAAAGUGCGCUUUCUGGGGCCCAUCUACCCGGAAUAUCACCGACCGAAUGGAUAAUCUCCUGUCAAGUCUCAAGUCGACAUCAUCUAAUGAGACUACUACCGGGGCCUCAUACUCUGAGCUCGUCUUUUCGAUGACUUUGUCUUCUUAUGGACCUUUGAUGAUGUUCCCCAUGCUUGCACAAGGCCUCGCCGCGUUGGAACAAGGUGACGGCAGCGCAAUCGCGUCCAUGGGUAGCUGGCUAUCGGCACAGUCGUCCAACGACGCACGGGCUCUCAUAUCGUGUGUCGAUACUUAUGGUCUCGCUACUCUGGCCAAUCUGGACUCCUUGAACGACUACGUGUCGUAUCUUACAGGAACCAGCAAGUAUCUUGGUGAGGCUAUGGCGGAAAUCGCACCUCGAGCCUUAUGCAGUGCGAUUGAGAUGGACCUUCCCACUGGAUCGAGCUUCCGCGGCUCUCUACCCCCAUCCAGUAAAAACACAGCAUUCCCCAUCCUUUUCGCAAGUAACACCAUCGAUCCGGUGACUCCGCUAGCAGGGGCCAAGAAAAUGUCCCAAGCUUUCGCCGGCUCCGUGCUUUUAACGCAGAGCAACGUGGGGCACACGGCCAUUACCGCCGCAUCCGACUGCUACCUUAAGAACAUGAAAGACUACCUGGGAGGAACUGUCCCCGAAGACGGUGUGAUGUGUGAUUGGGAUCGGGUGCCGUUCCAAGACCCAAUCUUUAUCUCUCCUAUGUGA